AUGGCAGGAGCUCAGGUGGGGCUCCCAGGACCCUUCCCAGAGCCCCCGGUUGGGCCAUGCCCCGUCUCUGACUCCGACUCCGACUCCGAGGAUGCAGCUGUGGCUGGCACAGGACCUGGCACCGGGGCGCAGAACCUCCCCCAGGUCAUCCACAGUGGCCACUUCAUGGUGUCAUCCCCACACAGUGACUCGCUGCCCCGCCGGCGCCACCACCGCACCGAACCCGAACCGGCUGAUCCCCGGAGCAUUGACCCGACCCUCACCCGGCUUUUUGAGUGCAUGAGCCUGGAGUACAGUGGGAAGCUGGUGUCUCCAAAGUGGAAGAAUUUCAAGGGGCUGCGGCUGCUUUGCCGGGAUAAAAUCCGUCUCAACAACGCUAUCUGGAGAGCGUGGUACAUCCAGUAUGUGGAGCGGAGGAAGAACCCUGUGUGUGGCUUCAUCACUCCUCUGGAGGGAUCGGAGGCUGAUGAGCACCGAAAACCAGAGGCUGUCGUGCUGGAGGGCAACUACUGGAAACGCCGCAUCGAGGUGGUGAUGAGGGAGUACCACAAGUGGAGGAUCUACUACAAGAAGCGGCUCCGAAAGUCCACCCGGGAAGGAGAGGUCUCCAGUCCAAAGCAGGAUGAGGAUAUCUGGAGGCCAACGGAGAAAUGGUGCAACCAGCUCUUCUGCAACGUGGUACCCAUGCUGCUUGGGGAUGAGGAAGAGGAGCCGGGGGGUAGGCAGCACUUCGACUUGGACACCUUCCUCUCAGACAUCUCUGACACCCUCUUCACCAUGACACAGACACCCAGUGCCCACCAGGCACUCCCCGAGGAUGCGUAUGUUGGGAAUGCUGACAUGAUACAGCCGGAUUUGGCACCUCUGCAGCCCAGCCUGGAUGAUAUGGAGAUCUCGGCGGGUGCCGGAGCGCAGUGUGGGGUGGAUGGAGAAGUCCUGAUGGCAGAGGCGAGGGAGCAGCCCAGCCCUGUGCCCUGCUGGCACCACGCUCCAGAUAUCUUCCCCGGCCACCGGCCACCACCAUCACAGAUGCAACCGAGCUACCAGGAGCCGCCCUGCUUCGUGCCCAUGGCCGAGCCCGUGUUUGGCAGCGGGGGGUCCCUGAUGGGACGGGCAGGGAAGGGGCUGCAGCAACGCCAGUGCUGGGGGCUGGCUGUCCAGUGGGGCAGGAAAGGUCACCCAAGCCCCGACACCCUCACGCAGCAGCACCCUUCUGCUCCCUGCCUUCUUGCAGCCAAGCAGGAGCCAGCCCUGGAUGCCCCACGCCUGAUGGGCGCAGGACUCAUGCCCGCAUCCCCUGUCUCCCCGCAGAGUGCUGUCCCCGACGUCCCCGACACCUUCCUCUCCAGAAUGGCCCAGCUGAGCCCAGGACUGGCUCCUGGCUCCAGCCCUUCCCAAGCAGUGCCGGUGCCGCUGGCGGGCACCCAGCCGGGCCCACCGCUGGUCCCCAAGGCAGAACGGCUGUCCCCCACAUCGGCUUGCGGCAGCGACUGGCCCAAGCCCAGCCAGGCUUCCCCGGGACCUGCUGUGAGGCUGGGUGCUGGCAUCUCCCUGCACCACCCCGUGUCCCGUCGGGGCAGGCCUGAGUCCAGCAAGAUGGAGAGCCGCCGCAUCACGCACAUCUCCGCCGAGCAGAAGAGACGCUUCAACAUCAAGCUGGGCUUCGACACGCUGCACAGCCUGGUGAGCACGCUGAGCGCCCAGCCCAGCAUCAAGGUCAGCAAGGCCACCACUUUGCAGAAGACAGCCGAGUACAUCUGCAAGCUGCAGCAGGAGCGGGCAGCCCUGCAGGACGAGGCGCAGCGGCUGCGGGAGCAGAUCGAGGAGCUCAAUGGCUCCAUCAACCUGUGCCAGGAGCAGCUGCCGGCCACGGGGGUGCCCAUCACGCGCCAGCGCUUCGACCAGAUGCGCAGCAUGUUCGACGAGUACGUCCGCUCCUCCACGCUGCAGAACUGGAAGUUCUGGAUAGUAUCCUUUGGGGCCAGCGCCUGCUGCUUGCUCUGA